AUGAUCCGGCUGGAGGAAGUGAUCAAAAGGAGAGCUGAGUCACCCCAAGAUGUUCACAAAAACUUCCGUCUCUUCCUCAGCUCUAUGCCGGCCAAGUCUUUUCCAAUCUCGGUGCUGCAGAACUCCGUUAAGGUGACCAACGAGCCACCCAAGGGUCUGAGGGCCAACAUCAAACGUGCCUUAAAUGAAUUAAACCAGAAGCAGUUUGAAAAACACAGUAAGCUUUAUGAUUGCCGACUUAUGUGUUAG